AUUCGCUUUUCACUCUCUCUGUCUCCUUCAAACUCGACUCACUCUCCCGGCGAGUUCGACUCAGAGAUUUUUUUUCCUCAAAAAAAAAAACAGAAGAAGGAAGCGAGAUGGCGAACGAGCUGAUCAACCGGCGACACGAAUCAGAUCAACCCUCCGCCGAUGCGUACUACCCGAGACCUACCAAACCGUCGUUCUCCUCCGUAACCCGUCCGAUGCGUUACAUGCUCCGCGAACAGAGACUCAUCUUCGUCCUCGUCGGAAUCGCAAUCGCCACGUUAGCGUUCUCAAUCUUCCCCCGCUCCUCCUCCACCCGAUCCACCCCCUACUCGGAUCCGUUCUCCGGCUACGGAAUCAAACCCGAGGAGUCCUAUGUCCUGUCCCUCCAGGCCCAGAGGAGGCCCAGCAUCGAGUACAUGAGCCGGAUCGGGUCUACCGGCGGGAAGAUCCCGCUCGGAUUGAAACGCAAGGGGCUGAGAGUCGUGGUAACCGGCGGGGCGGGGUUCGUGGGAUCGCAUCUGGUGGAUCGGCUGAUUGAGAGAGGGGACACGGUGAUCGUCGUCGACAAUUUCUUCACGGGGAGUAAAGAGAACGUGAUGCAUCAUUUCGGUAACCCUAAUUUCGAGCUCAUACGACACGACGUCGUCGAGCCGAUCCUUCUUGAGGUGGAUCAGAUCUAUCACUUGGCGUGUCCUGCUUCCCCUGUUCAUUAUAAAUUCAAUCCCGUCAAGACUAUCAAGACGAAUGUGGUUGGGACGUUGAACAUGCUUGGUUUGGCGAAGAGAGUGGGUGCUAGGUUUCUACUGACGAGUACGAGUGAGGUCUACGGUGAUCCUCUUCAGCAUCCUCAGGUUGAGACUUACUGGGGCAACGUUAAUCCUAUUGGUGUUCGUAGUUGCUACGACGAAGGAAAGCGUACGGCAGAGACGCUUGCCAUGGACUAUCACCGUGGAGCCAAUGUUGAGGUCAGGAUUGCUAGGAUAUUUAACACCUACGGUCCAAGAAUGUGUAUUGAUGAUGGUCGUGUUGUCAGCAACUUUGUUGCGCAGGCACUAAGGAAAGAGCCAUUGACUGUUUAUGGUGAUGGGAAGCAGACACGAAGUUUCCAGUUUGUCUCUGAUCUGGUUGAAGGUUUGAUGAGAUUGAUGGAAGGAGAACACGUCGGGCCAUUUAACCUGGGUAACCCUGGUGAAUUCACCAUGCUCGAGCUUGCUAAGGUGGUUCAAGAGACGAUAGACCCAAACGCAAAGAUAGAGUUCAGACCAAACACAGAGGAUGACCCUCACAAGAGAAAGCCUGACAUCACAAAGGCCAAAGAGCUUUUAGGAUGGGAACCAAAGGUGUCUCUUCGUCAGGGACUCCCUCUCAUGGUCAAAGACUUCCGUCAACGUGUCUUUGGUGACAGGAAGGAAGGCUCCUCCGCUACUGAAACCACCACCAAAACAACCUCAGCUUGAGCAAAAGGCAGUUGCAAGUAGCGGCCGUUGCGCUUGGUUAAUGGUUUUAUAACCAAAAACUUACAAAGGGCAAUGCUUGCUUGCAGCUACAAUGUGGAGAGAAGAGAGCUUCGUUUCUUCAAAAUUAUUUUGUUUUUGAUUUUUAUCUGUUUUGAUAUUAUAUUGGUGUAACGUAGAGUAAGAGUAUGGUGGCCUUUUUACUAUAUUCAUGGACCUCACUACAGUUUAAGAAAUACUUGUCUUUUGCA